AUGGCAGACCUCACGGUCCUUUCUUCCCUUCCCCCAGUGCCUCUAAUACCUCAGAGCAGAAGACCGUUCUCUUGGAAUGGGACGGGAAUUCCACGGCGUUCGAAGAACUCCCUUUCGCCACCGACACGAAAUGAGCAGCAAUCGUGGUCACUAGACGUGUAUUCAAGCAAUGUAAUGAGGAGCAGGAGAUUGUCAAGUACUAGUAUUGCGGAGGAGAGGGAAGAGGAAGAGGCGUCAACGUCAUCAGUGAUGAUACUUUCAGGGCCGCGGUCAGAUUCCCCAGCACACGAUAGGGAAGCCUCGCAGUCGUCUUCCGCAUCGGCGUCCACGUCGACAUCUACGAGGGUAUCGCUGGAUACAACCUCAAUGUCUUCGUAUUCCUCGUCAUCAAGUGUACCUUGUUCCCCGUCGUCAAGUGUACCUACUCCAGAUGACUCUGCGAUGCAGCACAGGACCAGAGCGCCAUCGCCGGAACCUUUGCCAUCACGAACCACCCGGUACCCUAACACUCGACAUCGGCCCACACGGUCUCGAAGCGCACCUCCAUUCAAGACCACUUUCCAGCUGGAGAACGACUCCCCCGCAAAUUCACCUUCAUCAACCGGCUCGACAACGCCGCAGUUCACGAGACAUCGCACCAAGAGGAGCAUGACUACAUGGAAUACACCGACGUCGGCCACAAGAACGUGGUCUUUUGGGUAUGGGCAUAACAAGAACGAGCUGUUGAAGCCGCCACCACCGUUACAUCGGCCGACGACGUUUUGGCGUCAUACGCCUCGCUCCGGAGUGACGUCGUCAUCGUACUCGCCUUCUACGCAUCUGAUACGGCGGUCAACGUUCAUCGCAGCAGGGCUCAAGUUCGACAAGCCCGUGUGUGAUCUCAGUGCUCUUGGGGUGGAGAGUCGGAUACAGAGUCCAGCUGCGUACAAGGUCCGCGAGGUAUUUUGGGAAGUGGUGCUAUAG